CAUGCCCACCCCCUGCCCGUCCCGAGUGGUGCGGCCCCGCGCCGGCGGCACGGAGGAGGGAGGCGGAGCCAACCAUAGCUGAGCGGGGGGGAACGCGGCCGGCGGAGCUACAGGAAUGUGCACAGAUUGAUUGGUUUCCACCAUGUUCUCACAGUGCUCACAGGAGCUGUUAAAGAUUGCAAAACUUCAUCUCCGGAGUCUGAAUUUGAAUCUGCUUUUAAGAAAUCACAGGAGAGCUUUCAGCAAGUCACUGCCUGCGUGUCGAAGGAAAGUAGUUGUUACGGGUAUUGGCUUGGUGUCUCCUCUUGGUGUGGGGACUCAGCUUGUGUGGAAGCGCCUUCUCCAAGGAGACAGUGGGAUUGCAUCACUAGAUGGGGAAGAAUACGCGGGCAUUCCAUGUAGAGUAGCUGCCUGUGUGCCACGGGGAGAUGAAGAGGGCCAUUUCAAAGAAGAGAGCUUUGUUUCAAAGUCAGAGAUCAGGUCCAUGAGUUCAGCUACUGUCAUGGCCAUCGGUGCAGCAGAGCUGGCAAUGAAAGACUCUGGUUGGUCUCCACAGUCUGAACAGGACCAUUUACGAGCCGGUGUGGCAAUUGGAAUGGGAAUGGUUCCACUGGAAGAGAUUUCUGAUACAGCCGCUUUAUUUAAAACAAAGGGUUAUAACAAGGUCAGCCCAUUCUUUGUCCCAAAGAUUUUAGUCAAUAUGGCAGCAGGUCAGAUCAGCAUUAAAUACCAACUGAAGGGGCCAAAUCAUGCCGUGUCAACUGCUUGUACCACCGGCGCGCAUGCUAUUGGAGACUCCUUUCGAUUUAUCGCCGUGGGUGAUGCUGAUGUCAUGUUGGCUGGAGGGACUGAGGCUUGCAUUAGUCCUUUGUCCUUGGCUGGGUUUGCCAGAGCUCGGGCCCUAAGCACUAGUUUUAACACAAGACCUAAAAUGGCAUGUCGGCCAUUUGAUUCACAGAGAGAAGGGUUCAUAAUGGGAGAAGGUGCUGCAGUGCUGGUCUUGGAAGAGUACGGACAUGCUGUGCAGAGAGGUGCCAGGAUCUAUGCAGAAAUUUUAGGUUAUGGACUGUCGGGUGAUGCUUGCCACAUAACAGCACCUAAUCCGGAGGGAGAUGGUGCAUUCAGAUGUAUGUCUGCAGCAAUAAAAGAUUCUGGAAUCAAGCCUGAAGAUGUAACAUAUGUCAAUGCACAUGCAACUUCUACUCCUUUAGGAGAUGCUGCUGAGAAUCAAGCAAUCAAGAAACUUUUUAAAAAUCAUGCACGUAAUCUUGCAGUUUCCUCGACAAAAGGAGCAACAGGACAUCUUUUGGGAGCUGCAGGAGCUAUUGAAGCAGCUUUUACUGCGCUGUCCUGUUACCAUGCAAUUUUGCCACCUACUUUAAACUUAGAAAAAACAGAGCCGGAGUUUGAUCUCAAUUAUGUUCCAUUAACAGCUCAGGAAUGGAAAACUGGAAAGCGGCGUAUUGCACUUACAAAUUCAUUUGGCUUUGGUGGUACUAAUGCAACUUUGUGCCUUGGAAGUGUUUGACUUGUGCUGUGUGUGUUGUGAAAAGUGGCACUCAAUGAUUUUCCAUACUGCCAUCUUUGUUGUAUACUGUAAUCUUUUCUCAGCAUUGAGGUUUGAUACAUAACUUUAUUCACUCCAACAUUUACAUCAGUAAUUCUUUUAAAAAGAGAGAAUUUCUUUUACUUGUUUUAGUAAAAAUAAAGACCUGCUCUUCAUGUGGUAGAUAAGUUUUUAUUUUUGCUCAAAAAGGAGACUUGUAGCAAGUAAUCUGAGUAGUGUGUUUUGUGAGAAGAGGAUAAAAAUGAUAAAUUCUGUUUUUCAGUGGAAUGAUACAUUUAUGAUUACUGUGUCUUCACUGGUCUCCAUCAUUUCUGGGGCCAAAUGAUUAUCCUCUUGUGAACUCUGACUUGCUUAUUGACUGAAAGGCAGUUUUUUUCUUCAUGUUUUCUCCUUCUGUUUAAUCUAAAUUUGUUUCCUAUGAUGUUCUUUCCAGCAUUCAGGAUGGAAUGCCAUCUGGCUGUGCAUAUGGACAUGAGUUCUAUGUAGUGAAAGGAAAAAAUGACAUUCAUGCUUAUGGUAGGCUCUUAUAUCUCGUCUUAUCUUAGCUUGUCCGAUCUCACAUAAACUAUAAACUGAUAAAGUGGGUUAGGUAGUGCUCUUUUUUGGCAUUGUGCUUAUAAUACUGCUCACUGUGCACUGGAAGACUGUAUUAGGCACUGGAGUGGAAGGUACUGCCUCUCAAGAACAUGGAUUUCUGCUAAUCAGCAUUCUGCUUUUGAUUUUGGCAUGAGUUCUGGUGUUGGUAUGAUCUCCAAAUCCCUUCCAGGCAAAAGAUAAUCUGAGUAUUGGUGUAGGUUGAUGGGAUUUUCUUCUGUUUUGGCUGACAAAAAGCCUUACACAGCACCCACUGUAUUUCCACUAUAAUUCAGCUCUAGUAUGCCAGCAUCUCAUCUAAAGCCUAAGAGCUUAUUCUUGUCUUCUAGCUUUAUUUUAAUUUUCUGUUGCAAUUCCAAGUGGACUUUUUAUUAUUAUUAUUUAAUCUGGUGGUUUGAUUUUGAAUAAAUUAAUUGUGAAUGCAGAAGUGCAGUCAUGCCAGUUGUCCUUGAAGAUGAGAUGUUUCAAUCUUCCAGCUCCCUCCUCAGUUUCCCACUGGCUGAGGAUAUCACCUUAGUGCUUAUACCAGUCUCUGAGGUGUGAUGGAGGGAAAAAAAAUGAUACAAGAAUGUAAAAGUCAUUGAAACGCAGGUUAAGUAGUGGAGUUUGCUAAUUAAGCAGGAUCAGAAAAUUAUCACUGGUGUUCUUUAGCCAGCUUAUUUUUUGGUAUUAAAAAAAAAAAUAGAUACUAAAAGAACGUAUUUUUAUACUCUUUUCUAUAAUUACACAGAAUUCAAGUUAUCAACAAUCAAUUUCUAAGUUUGUUAGCCUCUGUAAUAGAUGAAAUAUAUGAACAAUUAAGGCAGAAUCUACUGUGUGUCAACCUGACAAAGUGUUCAUUUAGAAAACAAGUAAGAAAGCCUACUACUGAAAUUAUGAGGCACAUACAUGUGAUGGCUAAGAGGUCUCAAAUAAACAAGUUGCAUUUUACUGAAAGUUUUAUAAGUAUAUUGCAAUUUACACAACUGUAGCAACCUCUACGUUGACCAACCUCUGUUUUUACUUAAAUUAGAAUUUUUUCCCCUAAAAUUUGGCACAGAAAUUUCUCAGAAACAUUUAUGCAAAAGGGAUGCUGGCUAACAAGUUAGGACUGUACAGCUGUGACGAUGACUUACUAUAUGAUGGGAAAAGAUUUAUGACAUACCUCCCAUUACCUAUUGCAUUUCUAAUUCUAUUUUUUCCACCAUCAAAAGUUGUUUCAAAUAUUGUAGACUUGCACACAUUCUUCCACACAGGUAAUACACAGGGGACAGUAACAUAGGUUGAUAAAAUUUCUGACAGUGAAUCAUUUUUUUCUGUUUUUGUUCUUUUUUUUUUUUUUUUCAUUUCCAUGUGUUGUAUUGCUUCACUAAUGAUGUUGAGGAACAAUAACAGUGGGUGGAAAUGCUAGGUCAUGACUUGAACCAGAGAUUGAGCACCUGAUAGGAAGGCAGGGCCAACCCAAGGAAAUUCAGGUGCACCUGAGUGACUGGAAGGGGUGGAUCCUAGCUCCACCCUUCCCAGACCUCACUUAAGGGCUGGCAGUGGGGGCAAGGGUGUUUCAUCGUGAGUUUCCUGACUACCUGAGGAUCUUCUUGGCCUUCAGAAGGUGAGUAGUUUCUUUCUCUUAUUUUUGUGCCUGCUGCUGUUGCAUUUGAGCAGAACCUCGCUUGCUGUAGCCUGGUGUCUUGCUGCUCUGCUGUCUUGUAAUGCAGUGGGAAGAACAACAAGAAUGUGUACUACGUGGCCUGUGUAUCUUCCAUGCUCUAUGAGGAUAGAAAUAACUGAUAAACAUUGUUAUCUAUUAUAAAAUUUUACAUGAAGAUAGUGUGGUAGAUACUCAAAUAUUUUACAAAGUAUUUAAAAAUAAUUUUAUGGAAAAGAUUCCUGAGCACUAUAGUUGUUUUACUAAAAUAGGAAAAUAGAGCUAACUAAAAUAAUAAUCAAACAUACUGAUAGUGACUUAAGUUCUCAUGCAAAGAAAAAGUAAAAAUGGAUUUGAUUGUUCCUUGUAGCACCAGUCAGCAUUUCAGCCAAGUAGUGUCUUGACAGUGCAAAUGUAUGUGAAGUUUGACAUCCUUAUAGCUGUUCUACUUUAUUAAAAGAAUUUUUCUGAGUGUUAUGUUAGCCUUCAACCCUUAUGUGUGAAGGCAGAUUGGCUUGCUGGAUUUGAAGUAAAUGGCACAUAAAGUAGCUAUAUUACAGGUAAAUUUCAUUCUGGACAGACAUUGCUAAUGGGCUAUUAUGAGGUUUAGCUAUACUCUAAAACCUCAUUAUUUAUACUAAUGGUCUUAAUGAUGUGAAACAGCGUAAUUUCAGCAUUUGCUGUCUUCUCUGGGUAGAAGGAGAAUAAUGAGAAAAAUACCAAAAACAAUUAAGACUUUCAGAAGCUGAGCUGGCACAGGGCAAUGCAGUUCAAACCAGAUUGAUGUGAAAUAAGCCUGAAAAAAAAAUAUGUUACCAAAGGAAAAUGAAAAAGUAUGCUGCCAGGAGAGCUGGGGAAUUUGCUGUGAGGAAAAAUGUCUACAAACCUCCCAGCUUAUGGUAAUUAAUAGCAGCAGUGCAAUGAAUGAGAAUCUGGUUUGCAUGCAGUAUUAAAAGGCACAAUAUAAAAUUCAUCAUUACUCUCUGCAAAUUGCAUGCAAAAAGAAGUUAAUUUAAGGAAGUCGGCCUCUAAAAGCAGGCUAGCAGCGGGAUGGUGAAUUUGGAGGAAAUCAUGCAGUGAGUUUCUUCUGGAGGUGAUUUUUUUUUUUUUUUUUUUUUUGAGGCUUCUGUAAGCAGAGGUGGAAUUUAGGAAGACUAAACACUGCUGCAUUAGUGUGGACCUGAAGUGCAGUUUAGCUAAGCAUUCACUCUUGCUACAUAGCUAUAGAUUUGUAAUUAAUAUUGUGACAGGGAGAAAUGCUUUACUUUCCUUCAGCUAGCAAAGAUCAUGGCCUCAGGAGCGCUGGAUGUGAUCUCUUGUGUACCAACCAUGGAAAGACAGAUGAUACUACUGCUUAGAAAAAUAAAACAGAAAUUGGAAUGACUAGAAAGAUCAUCUUUCACCACACUUCCUUUCAUUGUCGUUUAAUCAUCUGCUGUAGGUAACUUUUAAAAUAUGAAAGCUCUGUGGUGAUAGCUAUCUUUGAUAGCAUGACUAGGGAUAAUUUGAAGAAGCAUGGGUGCAGUAGUGGUGUGCCUUCUAAGAAUUUAUUUAAUUAAAAAAAAAAAGCCCGAAAGUUGAGCCCUGUCAGUUUGAAUUUUGUUUGUACAAGUUUCAUUUUUAUGUAUUUUGGAGUAGUGUUUUUUUUUCCCAUGUAUCCUGCUGAGCUGAUCAGGAACUACUUACUGCUACUUACUGCUUUAUUAUGAUAGCUACUCACAUAAAAGGAAAAUAGAUCUGUCUCUUGCUGAACUAUGAAACAGGCAAAUUGAAUAACAUGAUAGAACAGGAAGCUUUCCCUUAAAAUGUACAAUAUAUAAUAACAGGUGUGAUGGCCCAGAAUUUGGCCUUGUAAGCUUGUAGUUAAUAGUAGUAAAGCCAGCAGAGGCCUUGUCCUGACACCAGCCAGCUCCCUCAGAGCUUGUAGGUGUGUACCACUUACAUACAGUUUAAAAUGUUCCUCCUGAUGUUCCACUGAGGUGGAGUCUGCCUCACUUGUACAAAUCAGUGUGUUUUCCUGCUUAUCUGCUAAUGAUUGUUUGCUUUUCUCUAUGAUGACUGUUGACCAUCCUUGUUCUAUGACCCAUCCCACCCUACCUAACAGCCACAGAUGGGACAGAAUCAUUUUGAAGGUUGUAGAGCACUUGGGAUUUGAGUUGACUUUGUUUGCUCUUUCAGAGCAUUUGAGGUGGCCAGAAGUGAAAGCUGCCUUUUAGCUUUGGGACCAGUUAUGGAAUAGGAAAUCAACUAAUACAAAUGGCUCCAAAAGCUUGUUUCUAGUUUUUUGUAAAGUAAAUUGUCUUUCCUUUUCCUUUUAUCUUCAAGUUUGCUUUCAUGAAAUACAUUUUCUGACGCAGGGGAAAAAAAAUCGUGAGAAAAGAUGGAAGAAGCUUUACUGGUUUUCAUAUGUGUUUAGAAGUGGAAAAAAUUCAUUAGAAAUGAAUAUAUAUAUAUU